GGAAACAGGGAAACAUAUACAAACCUAAUAAUAAAGAAAUGGAUAACGACAGCAUCAACGAAAAGACACUUCAGGAUGUCCACACCAAGGAGAUUGACCUGGUCAACCGUGACCCUAAGCAUUUAAAUGACGAUGUGGUGAAGGUGGACUUUGAGGAUGUGAUCGCCGAGCCUGCCGGCACCUACAGCUUUGACGGCGUGUGGAAAGCGAGCUUCACCACCUUCACAGUAACCAAAUACUGGUGCUACCGGCUGCUGACGGCCCUGGUGGGCAUCCCACUCGCCCUGGUGUGGGGCAUCUUCUUCGCCAUCCUCUCCUUCAUCCACAUCUGGGCGGUGGUGCCUUGCGUGAAGAGCUACCUAAUCGAGAUCCACUGUGUCAGUCGAGUCUACUCCAUCUGUGUGCACACCUUCUGCGACCCGCUCUUCGAGGCCAUGGGAAAGUGCUUCAGCAGCGUCCGGGUCACCUCCACCAAGGUGGUGUGAGGACAGGGAGAAGGAAAAGAGCCAGAGGGAUGGGGUGGGGUGGGGGAAUGGAAACCAAUGUCUGAUGCAGGAAGAUGUAACCUCAAAUGCAACCUCUCUAAAAAAAACAGGGCAAAGAAAAAGUGAAUAGAGAUGGAGGGAUGCACUGUAUUUAGGUGGCCCUUAGAUAAGACUCUCCUCUCCGUCUCUCUUCUGUCCAUGAGCUUUGUCUUCUCUCAGCUUUGGAGUCCUUGGGGUAUAGGGGAUGUCUGUCAAAGAUGCUCAUUUUUGUGUCAUUUGUUAGCAUUUAUCACCGUUGGAAUACCGUUUUAGCCUGACUUUUAAAGAAGUUAAUGCAAAAAUGUACAUUCUGUUAUUUACUUGCUCUCGUGUCAUUCCAUGAUCAUCGCUCUGAAACCACCGUAAAAGUGAUCCAUGUGACUUGUGCACAAGUCUACUGUAGUCAUGUGAUAUGAAACAUAAAGGAUGAGUCAUAUUUACCACUUUUAUGGUACUCUAAUGGUGCUUUUUUGAUGUUUUUGUUUUUGGAGUUUGACAGUAGUCGGUAUAAUUAAAGGGAUAGUUCACGCAUCAUUUACUCACCCUCAUAUCACUCCAAUUCUGAGUUUCUUUCUUUCUGGUUAUCAAACAGUUGAUGGUCCACAUUGACUUCCACAGUAAUUCCAAUUUACACAGGUUUAGAACGACAUGAGGGUAAGGAAAUGAUGACAAAAUGCUCAUUUUUGGGUAAACUAUUCCUUUAAAUAGGAUAUAUAUGUAUACAAAUAUAAAUAUAAAACAUAUAUUUGAAAACAAAAAUGUAAAAGUAUAAAAUAAAAUAAAUUCUGGCAAAACUUUGUGCGCAAAAAGCAUGGAUGUGUUGCGAUGUAUAAACCCACGAAGCUUUCUGUUGAACAAUGCAGCAAAUCUGCGUGACCAACUUGCGAAAACAGUAUCGGGGAGAAAUCUUUAUAUAUUCCUAUUGAAAUAACUGGAUUUCAGCUGCAAAAUUUUGCGGAACACCAGAAAAUGUGACCACACAUUAAACAUGAAAUAUCUCUCAAACUGUCUACUUCGUAUUCAACAGAAAAGUCAUUUGGAAAGAUAUGAGGUUGAGUAAACAAUGUAUGAAUUUUCAUUUUGGCGUGAGCUAUUUGUCUGCUGGGACAAGGCUGUGAAUUGUUUCGUUCGUUUUUGUCCCCUUUCGUUCAUUGACACGUCCAACUGUUCCAAAAUAGUUCCAUUGUGGUUUGUAAACAAUAUAUACUGUAGUAGAUUCUUAUAGUUUUGCUUAGUUCGUCCUUUCAUUUGGGAACUAUCACCUUUGGUGUCAUCAUCACUGGGGUUUAUGGAAUCCAAAAGUUUUAUGUUUGUUUAUGGGAUCAGGCUCGGGGGAAACGGAACAAAUUUUAGAGUUUAAAAAAGUAGGUGUGGCCCUGCUGAUGUCAUGACUGCCCGUCUCACUGCAUGUUGCCACUAAAUAUAUAGUGGACGGCCCAAACACAGGGCAAAAGAUGUGCCCUCACUGAACCCUUUGCCAACUCAGCAUAUACUAACAAAGAGACUGUUCCUGGCUCUGACAUGUAACGCUUCGAAGCGGCCAUCAUGGCAACAGCUUUUUCAGUGGCAGAGAAUGUCUUUACAACUUCCAGAGAGACGUCACAUGAAGCUAGUUCUUCCAGCAGGUCGUGAAGACUGAACUUUCUAAGCAAGUUAUCACAGCCUUAACAUAUAUGUAAACUUUAUUUGCAGUCUUUGAAGAUGAAGAACUUUUUUUUUUUUUGCAUUUUUUUUAAAUGUUGUUUCUGCAGGACGAAGUGAAAUCAUUUGGUUUGGAGUUUUGUCCCAUAAACAAAACUGUCUGAUUUUCUGUUUAUUCACUGUCACACACACACACACACACACACACACAAUGGCAGGAAACUAACAUUUCCAGCAUCAGAGGCCGCUGCUUGUGUGGGGUUUAUAGUAUUUUGUACUGAUAUUAAGCUCACUUCUCUCACCUUUUGUCUACCUGCUUUGAUUCGGACACCUCUUUGUCUACCUUCUGUCUUAGUAUCUAUUGUGACGCGUUUGCUUCAGAGAGUCUGCCUCUGUAGAUGAGAUCGUAUUUUUAUUCAUAUUUUUAUAUGAAAACUCAAUUUCUCUUUCCUUGCUUUUACUGUAAAUUCACAUAAUGCUGUGCACAUUAAAGAAAAUUUCAUAUAAAUCAA